AUCAACUAGCGCAACAGUUUCCAGUCCCCAACUCUCUCUCUCUCUCACUACCAAAUCCAAAACCCUAGCUCCCUAACCAAAUAGAUUCUACCCCACUUGUUUUCUCUCUUCUUUGCUCUACAAAAUCAAGUUUCUUGGGUUAAUGUUCAAUUUAAGGCUUCUAUGGAAUCCUCCGCAAUCACUAUCAGGCCUAUAAACAAAGCCGCUGUCCACAGAAUCUGCGCUGGUCAAGUGAUUUUGGACCUCUCAUCCGCAGUCAAGGAGCUUGUUGAAAACAGCUUGGAUGCUGGCGCUACUUCCAUCGAAAUCUCUUUGAAAGACUACGGCCUGGAAUCCUUCCAGGUCAUCGAUAAUGGCUGCGGCGUCUCUCCUAAUAAUUUCAAGGUUCUGGCACUUAAGCACCACACCUCCAAAUUGGGGGACUUUCAUGAUCUUCAGUCUUUGACCACAUUUGGUUUCAGAGGAGAGGCAUUGAGUUCGCUUUGCGUGUUAGGAGACCUCACUGUUGAAACAAGGACCAAAAACGAGCCGGUGGCUACACACUUGACUUUUAAUCAUUCAGGUUUGUUAACAGCCGAGAGAAAGACAGCCCGACAGGUUGGCACGACAGUCACUGUUAAGAAGUUGUUUUCCAGUUUGCCGGUGCGAAGCAAAGAAUUUAGCCGCAACAUUCGCAAGGAAUACGGAAAGCUUAUUUCUUUAUUGAAUGCCUAUGCUCUUAUUUCAAAAGGCGUUCGCAUAGUCUGCUCUAACACAACUGGUAAAAAUGCAAAGUCUGUAGUACUAAAAACCCAAGGAAGUGAUUCCCUUAAAGAUAACAUCAUAACAGUGUUUGGCGUGAACACCUUCAGCUGCUUAGAACCUGUGGAUAUAGAUAUAUCAGGCAGUUGCAAGGUUGAAGGCUUCCUUUCUAAGUCUGGUCAAGGCAGUGGUCGCAAUUUGGGUGAUAGACAAUACUAUUUUGUAAAUGGUCGACCAGUGGACAUGCCUAAAGUCAGCAAGCUUGUGAAUGAACUAUACAAAGGUGCAAACUCCCGACAAUAUCCCAUCGCAAUCAUGAAUUUCACCAUUCCAACUACAGCGUGUGAUGUUAAUGUGACUCCUGACAAAAGAAAAAUAUUCUUUUCUGAUGAGAGCUCUAUACUGCUUGCUCUAAGGGAGGGACUGGAAAAAAAUUAUUCUUCAAGUAAUUCCUGUUAUUCUGUUAAUAAAUUUGAGAAUCAUGCUAAGGCAGCAGAUAGCUCUCAGCUGUGCUCUCCUCGCGAGAAAUCUAAUAUGUUAUCAAAACAAUCAUCUGCAAAUGGCAAUGAUAGUGAAGAAACUCAAACAGAUGCAGAGGACAGCAGUCCACUCAUGACAGUUGAAGUCAAAUCUAAGCCCUUUCAAGUUGGAGAAAGAUCUAUCCAUGACAUCGAAGAAAAGUUUAUGAUGAAGGACUUUGCUCUUAGAUUACAUGGCAUUAAGAAAACUGAUAGUCUUACAAACAGUAACAGCUGCAAAGCAACGACACAUCUCAAUAUUGUGACGGAUCAAAAUGCACAAUGCCCGUCAAGAGUGGUUGAGCGAGUAAAGGGGGAUUCAAAUGGUCCUUCAGGCUCCUUUCAAUCAAAACUCAGCAAUUUUUUAACUGUCAAUAAGAGAAAGCGUGAAGACAUUACUACACAAUUGUCUGAAGUUCCUGUUCUAAGAAAUCAGACCUCUGAAUGUCAAUUGAAGAAAAGUGAUAUUGACAUUCAUGAUGCGGUUACAAGUCUUCCUUUUAAUCAUCACCACAUUGAUGAUUCUACUGAGUUUACUGAUGCUGAGCCCCCCAAACAUCACAGCACAGAUGUGAUCAUCAAUAAAACAAGGAAUAAUUCAGGAUUGCAGCCUAAACUUGCGGAGGAUCCAUCAGGUGAGCAAAAUUCAUCUUCUCCUGAUGAUGUCCCAUCAAUUACUACCCCUUGCAAAGGGCUUGGAAAUUUGUUAGAGGAUCUUCCUGUUGCCUCUCCUCCAGCUCAAUCUUCCAUCGAAUUAUUAGAUGCUCCAGUGCCUUUUUCUGCCCAACAGAUAUGCUCCACCUUGCAAUUUAGCUUUCAAGACCUGCAUUCAAGAAGGAUGCAGAGGCUGUCAAGGUUGCAAUCUGGCAAAUUCACGUUUGGAGGCUCAAAGAGAAGUCAUAGGAGCUAUGCUGCUGCUACACUGGAGCUCUCUCAACCAGACAAUGAGGAGCGGAAAUUAAGGGCUUUAGCUGCUGCUACAACUGAGUUAGAAAGACUAUUCAGAAAAGAAGACUUUGGUAGAAUGAAGGUGAUUGGUCAAUUUAAUCUUGGUUUUAUCAUUGGGAAAUUAGAUCAGGAUUUGUUUAUCGUGGAUCAGCAUGCUGCUGAUGAGAAGUAUAAUUUUGAGAGACUCUGUCAAUCAACCAUUUUAAACCAGCAGCCCUUGCUUCGGCCACUGAGGCUGGAGUUAUCUCCAGAAGAGGAAGUAGUUGCUUCAAUGAACCUAGACAUAAUCAGAAAAAAUGGAUUUGCUUUGGAAGAGGAUCCACAUGCACUACCUGGGCAUCAUUUUAAAUUGAAAGCUGUUCCCUUUAGUAAGAACAUAACUUUUGGAGUUGAAGAUGUGAAGGAUCUGAUUUCUACUCUUGCUGAUAGUCAAGGGGAAUGCUCCAUAAUCAGUAGAUACAAAAUGGACACUGCUGAUUCCGUCUGCCCAUCAAGAGUUCAUGCAAUGUUUGCAUCACGUGCAUGCAGAUCAUCGGUUAUGAUUGGAGAUGCACUAGGGAGGAAUGAAAUGCAGAAGAUACUUGAGCAUUUGGUCGAUCUAAAGUCCCCCUGGAAUUGCCCCCAUGGCAGACCAACCAUGCGCCAUUUGAUUGACAUGUCAUCCAUUUACGAAAGGCCAGAUGAAACGGAAGCGGGCUUGUGAUGGACCUUCCAAUGGCAGUUACUAGCUCCUAAUGCCCUUCUUAACUUAGGUUACAUGGACUCUGCAAGUCGUCCUGAAUCUUACGAUGCAUUUAUCAAGCGGUGGAACUCUGGCUUCCUCUGGGUUGUAAAUCAAUUUGUUUCGCUGGUUUUUAUUACAAAAAAAACAUGAAGCUGUACUCUAAAAACAUCCUUGUAAUGGUUGGUCUCUGGCUCCCUCUGCGAGUUGUAAAUCCUUUUUUCUCGUGGAUUUGUCGUGAGAGCCCCUUGCUUCAUCUACCCUGAGAAAACCCACUUCCUCGUA